AAGCACAAUUUUAAUUUCAUUUGGUCUGAAUCUUUCUUCCAAUUUGAUCUUUUUUUUUCUUUUUUUAGGUCACUUGAUAUUCUUGACUUGAUGAAAAAAAGCAAUGAUUCUAAGGUGACAGAAUUUGUUCUUCUGGGCCUAUCAUCCUCCUGGGAACUACAGCUGUUUCUCUUCUUCAUAUUUUUAUUGUUUUACAUGACUGUUAUUCUGGGAAACCUGUUGAUAAUGGUAACAGUGCGAGCUGAUGCUCACCUGCUCCAAUCUCCCAUGUACUAUUUUUUGGGUCAUCUGUCUUUCAUUGACCUAUGCCUGGGCUGUGUUACCGUGCCCAAGAUGUUAAGAGAUUUUCUACAACAAGGCAAGAUCAUCUCUUUUUCAGGAUGUUUGGCCCAGAUCUACUUCCUGCACUUUCUGGGAGCCAAUGAGACGUUUCUGUUGACGGUCAUGGCCUAUGAUAGGUAUGUGGCCAUAUGUAAUCCCUUGCACUACCUGACAGUCAUGAACCGCCAGCUGUGCUUUCAGUUGGUUUUUGCCUGUUGGUGUGGGGGUUUCAUCCACUCUAUCACACAGGUCAUGCUGGUGAUCCAGCUGCCCUUCUGUGGCCCCAAUGAACUGGACAACUUCUACUGUGACGUCCCUCAGGUCAUCAAGCUCGCGUGCAUGGAUACAUAUGUAGUAGAGGUGCUGAUGGUCUCAAACAGUGGUCUGCUCUCUCUCAUCUGCUUCUUUGUCUUGCUGUUCUCUUAUGCCAUCAUCCUGACCACUUUGAGAACUCGCUUCCACCAGGGCCGGAGCAAGGCACUGUCUACCUGUGCCUCUCACCUAACAGUGGUCAGCCUGAUCUUUGUGCCAUGUGUAUUCAUCUACCUGAGACCUUUCUGCAGCUUCUCCGUGGAUAAGAUAUUCUCUGUCUCUUACACAGUGAUCACACCUAUGUUGAACCCUCCUAUCUACACACUCAGAAAUGCUGACAUGAAGACAGCCAUGAAGAAGCUAAGAAAAAAGUAUGCGGCAUCCUUCUGCCAUAGUAAAGGAUGA